GAGAAGAAGGUUUAGUUUUGAUACACGUCAACAGUAGCUCAGCCCAAAUCUGUAACCAAGACCAGCCGCGAUCCCAGCCAAGAUCGUCAACUUGCUUCGCCAGUGAGAGGGCGUAUUUGGAGGAACCCCUCCAAGAAUCAUUAGGGAGUGUGUCGUGAACCUGGAGGACAGGAAGAAAAACAGGUCGCCAGGCUGUUUGCAGCGGGUGUAUAUAAAGACGCGAUUCGCUAGUGAAAGCUUUCUCAGUUCUUCGACUUGGUUUGAGCGCGCGCGCUCGUCCAGAUCCCUAUUGUGCGCUCCAGGACUUGAACCACCUACCGCUAUCCAGAACACUGCCCAAGUCCGUCGCCGACGACAUCGUUGAAGAGAGUGCCGAACGAGAUCGUUGUCGUCGUCGUCCGCGGUCGUGUCCAUAGCAGGUCGACCAAGAAGUGCACGAAGUGUGUAUGUGGAAAAAAAAACUGGUCGUCAACCAUCGUCGUAAGGCCACAACAGCUAGUUGGGCAAGUUGCCGCCGAGUGCCGUGCUAAGUGAGAGAAGGCGCUUUGCCCGGCCGAAAUCUCCAAAGUCAUAAAGUGGCGAUCCGUGGCAAGCAGCGAGCUCAGUCGUUUGUGUUCCGCGUUCGUGAGAGGUUCCUCGGGUCUUGAAGUCUGACUAGCUGAACAGCAGUGUGUGUAACGCGCGCGUGAUAUUGUUUCAUUUCGCUGGAAAAGUUCAGCGAUUGUGUGUGUGUGCGGACUGUUGAUUGGGUUGAAACAUACGACCGUAGCGAGAGAGACAGAGAGACCCAAGUGUGUUGUGCUUAGACGGACACGAACAAGUACGCGCUUUGUGUAAUCAACCGAUAAAAUGUGUGGAAUUUUCGCGUACUUGAAUUAUCUUACGCCGAAGACGCGGCGUGAGGUGCUGGAUCUGCUGCUAACCGGGCUGAAGCGGCUGGAGUACCGUGGAUAUGACUCCGCGGGUGUCGCCGUGGAUCUUCCGGAUCAGAGCGGGAUUGCCAUGUUCAAGAGAACGGGCAAGGUGAAGGUACUGGAGGAAGGGAUUAUUGAGCAGACGAAGGACGGUAGCUACGACGGGACUGUUGAAACACACGUUGGUAUAUCCCACACGAGAUGGGCUACGCACGGUGCACCGAGCGAGGUCAACUCUCACCCGCAGCGUUCGGAUGAUACCAACUCGUUCGUCGUGGUUCACAACGGUAUCGUGACCAACUACAAGGACAUUAAGAAGUUCCUGGAGCUGCGUGGAUACGAGUUCGAGUCCGACACCGAUACCGAAACGAUCGCCAAGCUUGUGCAUCAUCUGUACAUCCAGCAUCCGAACUACUCGUUCCGGGAGCUAGUUGAGCAGGUUGUCCAGCAGGUCGAGGGAGCGUUCGCGUUGGCGUUCAAGUCCAAGCACUUCCCUGGAGAGUGCGUUGUGACCCGCCGUGGUUCACCACUGCUGGUUGGUAUCAAGUCCACAACGAGCCUGGCCACGAACCAUGUUCCGAUUCUGUACGGCAAGGGACACCGCCAUGGAUCCAAUGGAAACAUUCAGUUUGAACCUACUCCGGACAACACUACCGACUUUAUCAACCCUGGUGAGGAGGUCGAGUACUUCUUCGCUUCGGAUGCUUCAGCCGUCAUCGAGCACACCAAUCGGGUCAUCUAUCUGGAAGAUGACGAUGUUGCUGCCGUCAAGAACGGAGCGCUGGGAAUUCAUCGGCUGAAGAAGUGCUUGGAUGAUCCACAUGCUCGUGAAAUUACCACGCUGAAGAUGGAGAUUCAACAGAUCAUGAAGGGAAACUACCGUUACUUCAUGCAGAAGGAAAUUUUCGAGCAGCCAGAGUCCGUGAUCAACACCAUGCGAGGACGCGUCAACUUUGAAUCGAUGAAGGUCACGCUGGGUGGCAUCAAGGAGUACAUUCCAGAGAUCAAGCGUUGCCGGCGGUUGAUGCUGAUCGCUUGUGGAACCUCAUAUCACAGUGCUGUCGCCACACGUCAGCUGCUGGAAGAACUCACUGAACUGCCGGUGAUGAUCGAGCUGGCUUCGGACUUCCUGGAUCGUAACACACCCAUCUACCGUGACGACGUUUGCUUCUUCAUCUCGCAGUCCGGAGAAACUGCCGAUACGCUGAUGGCCCUGCGGUACUGCAAACAACGCGGAGCCCUGAUCGUCGGAGUCACCAACACUGUGGGAAGUUCGAUCUGUCGUGAAUCACACUGCGGCGUUCACGUCAACGCUGGACCCGAAAUUGGUGUCGCUUCCACCAAGGCCUACACAUCGCAGUUCAUUUCGCUGGUCAUGUUUGCCCUGGUCAUGAGCGAAGACCGGCUCUCGCUGCAGACGCGACGAGAGGAGAUCAUGGAGGGACUUCGCCAGCUGGACACACACAUCAAGCAGGUCCUCAAGCUGGACCAAAAGGUGCUGGAAAUCGCACAGGAUCUCUACCAGCAAAAGUCGCUGCUCAUCAUGGGUCGUGGCUACAACUUCGCCACCUGCAUGGAGGGUGCCCUCAAGGUCAAGGAGUUGACGUACAUGCACAGCGAAGGCAUCAUGGCCGGUGAGCUCAAGCACGGCCCGUUGGCCCUCGUCGACGACACCAUGCCGAUCGUCAUGAUCAUCAUGCGCGACCCGGUCUACGUCAAGUGUAUCAACGCCCUGCAGCAGGUCACGGCCCGCGAAGGACGACCGAUCAUCGUCUGCGAGGAGGGCGAUGCCGAGACCAUGAGCCUGGCCUCGAAAGCCCUGGAGAUCCCACGCACCGUGGACUGCCUGCAAGGCAUCCUGACCGUCAUUCCAAUGCAACUGCUGUCGUACCACAUCGCCGUCCUGCGAGGCUGCAACGUCGAUUGUCCCCGAAACCUGGCGAAAUCCGUUACGGUCGAAUAGGUCCAACUUCUUCAGAACACUCCCAACACAUCCGCAGACAGUAUCGAUUUCGCUUUUAUUUCCACAUGACGAUAGAGGAGAGUACGGGGAAGUCCGUUAUUUUACAAAUCCAGCGGAUUUGUUGUUGAUUGCAAAACACACACACAACCCCAUGAGAAGAUAGUGUGGCACGGAACACCCCUUCCACGUCUGCAAAGCCAAGUGCAAUACACCACCACUACUACUGAGAAGUGGCCACUUAUCAACUGCGGAGCAUCGCGAUGCAAUCAUCGCCACCUUCGAGGGGAUCGUGUAAUAUCGGAAGGAGGAACGGAGAAAUGACACACACUCUUUUGCUGUACUGUCUCUGCUGGUGAUCGUGAUUUAAUAAUAUAUUGAAUAAUCGAAAUAAUGAUGAUGAUGAAAAAAAAAAUUUUAUUGUUUGUUUAGACGAGAAUGUGACAAAAAUGAGCCAAGUUUAUUUUUUGUACCACACUACUACACACUGUGAGAAUGAUGUUCUUUUUAUAUGUAAUUUGAAAAAUAAAGUAUUAGUGCUUAUUCUUUUUUCGACAAAA